UUAUCUUACCCAGCUGAGACAAAGUCCCAAUUAUCAGGCCCGUCUCCCUUCUCUGAAGCUAGAAGAACCAGGUAAUACACCAAAAGCUAAUCACUUUACUGGGUCUGUUACAGCUCUAGCAAGUGUUUCUCACUUUGCAGUUUAUUGUUUUCCCAAUAUUCUCCCAUUUGUCUGGUGUUUUUGGUUUCAAUGGUGGAAGAAUCUCAUAUAUUAAGUUCAUACAGUUUGUGGGUAAUGUUAGUUUUAUAGAUUGCCAUUGCUGUGCAACAGACGUAGAUGGCUUGUUUUUCUGUUAUUUGCAACAAAGGGUUUCUUAUUUCUCUAGAGAAAGUGGGAGUUCGCGGUGGAAAAACCAAGUCUUUGGCUAGAUAUAGAGGUUUUUGUUGUGGUUUAUCUGAGUUUUCCUCUCGGGGGUUCUAUGAUUGCUGCAAAUCUCAAAUUGGGUUGUCCUGGAAUAAUAAGCUUAGUUCCCUGAUUAGUGGGAAUAGUGGCUUGGGCUUUUACAAUUGUUGCAAUAAAUCUCAACGUGCAUUGUCUUGUAAAAAUGUGAUCGAGCCACUGAGGAGUGGAAACAGAGGAGAUAAACAGACCCACUUGGGUAAAAAACAGAAUGUUUAUGUGAGAUUGAGAAAGAGGUUCUCAUUAAGAUUACGCCCGAGGUUAAGGUUAUUAAGCAUAAGACUGAAAAUGAUUUCGAUUAGGUCAAUUCUAAAUGAUAUUGGAAUGUUUUUGCGGAAGAACAUAAGACGACUGGCACUUGCAACUUCAAUUUCUAUUGCACUGGGGGCAAGCUAUUUGUUUUUGAAGUUUUCAGCAUUGCCAGCUCCAAGGGUUGUUCCAUAUUCAGACUUGAUAUUGAGCCUUCAAGAUGGGUCUGUUACUAAGGUUUUACUUGAAGAGGGAUCUCGUCGAAUAUAUUAUAAUACGAACUUGCAGAGUACUUCGAAUACUGAAACAUCACAUGGGGAACCGCCAGUAAUUAAUGUUGCAACUGAGAGUGGAUCUGAUAAGGUUGCAACAGAUGAUGGUUCAAGAACAAGCCAAGCACUGAAUGUAAGUGUAUUGAAAAGAUUUUCAAGGACUCGAGCUUCUAACCCGGAGUGGCAGUAUUCGACGAGAAAAAUUGAUCACGAUGAAAAAUUUCUCCUUAGCUUGAUGAGAGAGAGGGGAAUUACAUAUAGUUCGGCUCCUCAAUCAGUGUUGACUUCGAUGAGGAGUACUUUGAUAACUGUGAUAUCUCUUUGGAUUCCUCUGAUUCCUUUGAUGUGGCUUCUUUAUCGGCAACUUUCUGCUGCUAAUAGUCCAGCAAAAAAGCGGCAACCUAAUAAUCAGAUGGUUGGGUUUGAUGAUGUGGAAGGUGUUGAUGCUGCUAAGUUGGAGCUUAUGGAGAUAGUUUCAUGCCUACAAGGAGAUGUUAACUAUCAAAAGCUAGGAGCAAAGUUACCUAGAGGUGUAUUACUGGUGGGCCCUCCAGGAACAGGAAAAACAUUACUGGCCCGUGCAGUGGCUGGAGAAGCAGGAGUACCAUUCUUCACUGUUUCUGCUAGUGAAUUUGUGGAGUUGUUUGUUGGAAGAGGAGCAGCUCGUAUUCGAGACCUUUUUAAUGUGGCAAGGAAGUCUGCUCCUUCAAUCAUAUUCAUUGAUGAACUUGAUGCAGUUGGAGGGAAGCGUGGUAGAAGUUUCAAUGAUGAACGUGACCAAACAUUAAACCAGUUGCUCACAGAGAUGGAUGGAUUUGAGUCGGACAUGAAAGUGGUUGUUAUUGCAGCAACUAAUAGGCCUGAAGCAUUGGAUGCAGCUCUCUGUAGGCCUGGUCGCUUCUCAAGAAAGGUACUUGUAGGAGAACCAGAUGCUGAAGGAAGGAAAAGGAUAUUGGCUGUACAUUUGAGAGGAGUUCCACUAGAGGAAGACAAACAUCUUAUCUGCGAUCUAGUUGCUUCCCUGACUCCAGGUUUUGUAGGUGCUGAUCUUGCAAACAUUGUUAAUGAAGCUGCUUUACUUGCUGCUCGUAGAGGCAGUGAAACUGUGACGAUGGAAGAUAUAAUGGAUGCUAUUGAAAGAGCAAAAUUUGGGAUCAAUGAUAAGCAUCUGAGGCCAAGUACACUAAGCAAGGAGCUUUGGAAACUGUUUCCCUGGAUUCCCUCUAUGGUGGGAAGGAAUGUCACCAGACAGGAUGGAGUGCAAGGUCCAUUAGGCUAUCAAACUCUUAGCUGAUAACAACUUGCCAGAAAGAAUACAAAGGACAGGAUCUUGGAUUCCAUAUCAGUAAAGACCAGGACCACGUUUUUAGUGGGAAACAUCAGUGUACCUGCAUUUCUUCUAUAGCAUCAGCAACUGUGGAUGGUAGCAAGCAAGCUUUGGGAUCUGAUUGAAAAAGAAAAAGAAAAAGGAAAAGGUGGCAAAGGGCAGUGGAAUCUCUAUUCAACUUUAUGUGGUUUGUGGGAAGAUAUGGAUUAUAUGGAUGGAUGGAUGGAUGGCUCCCCUGUGGUUGAAAGUCAUUAUCCGAAUGGGAAGUGCGAUGCCCUAGUCAGAAUACAAGAUUGCCACGACAAAACCAAUGAUCUCCCAACUUGUUGGGAUUCCACUUGUGAUAUUGAGACCCACUAAAUCCGUGAGGCGUGAAGCAUAUGCCAUAUGAAUAUCAUAUGAUGUUGAUUGAGCAUUUUUCUUCCUGGUUGAUUGAGCAUGAUUAUGUCAUGAAGGGUUCUUUGCAUUAUACUUCUUACAUCAUGAAAUGAUACAAGUCAGAGCCUGGACAGGUUUUUUCUCCAAACUGUUACGUGUUAAACAUGUGGGUUGCUUUUUCCUAAGUUAGUUUGUUCUUCCUUAGUAACAAUAAUUAAUGAUUUUUUGUUUUGUUUU